AUGCUUCGGCCCGUGAAACCGCACGUCCACGGUUCGAAUCUGGUUGGUGGCACUGAGGAGGCGAUGAGAGACGAGCUCGAAACUGGGCCAGAAUCG